UGUUAAAUUGGCAGCUGCAGUGUGUGCUGAGCGAUAGGCCGUUGACUAAGUGUGUUCCAGUGUGUGCCCGUUGCUCUGUUCACUUGACAGAGCACUUGACUCUGUCCUUCAUCAGGUUCCAGCCUUACCCUUUCACAAAGUCUUGGCUCUCAAAACUGGGCUAGGGCUGUCCCAUCCAUAGUGUCACAUUCUUCCCUCCACCACUUUCCUACCACCACCAAAAUGUCAUGUUCGUGCCAUUUAUGUUGUUCUUGAGGAUCACAGAGCACUCAAAUAGGGUGAGGUUGCAAAAUAGGAUGAGGUUGCAGAGGAGGGAUGCUGAGUUCAUUAAUGAACGCUCUCCUCUACAAGAACAAGGGAAAGUAGCAGAUUAGAGAAGCUGUGGAUCUUGCAGGCAUGUUUAAAAUGCAAAAAGAAAAGGUGAGGGAACCAGAGGAACCCCGUUAAGAGAUGGAGCAGGCAACAGCAGGGCAGCAGCCCCUCCAUUCCUGGCCACUUGCAUGAGAGGGCCCAGCUGCCCCCUAGGAGGAGGGCUGACAGUGACCAGCACCCACAGCUGCCCUGCAAGAGGCCACCCCCUCAUCCACAGUAGUAGGGCUUCACACUUCUCUUUAAUCAAAAACAAAUUAAUAUAUUAAAUAUUAGACUGAAUCACAGAGUUGUAUGCGUUGGGAGACUGUCUGGAGAUCAUCUAGUCCAUCCCCUUGCUAAAGCAGAAUAUUGGUGGGAAGGUUCAACCUCUACUGCCAUACCUCUAACAUCCCCCUCUGACAUUGCAGGCCAACAUCAUACAAUAAGAGACAUUCAUUUCAGAGCAGCCAUUGUACUUAGAUUUUCUAAGUUUUGCAUUGUCUCAUGAAAAAUAAUUGAAGAUCUAUAAUUACUCUUUUCACCAGUGAUGGAAGUCUUGUCUUAAAAUGUAUAUAUAAUUGUAAAACAUAGUUCAAUUUGUGUUGAUUUUAUCCCUGCAAAAUAUAUAAGAGGAAAGUUCCUAGACAAGAGGGAGGGAAUUCGAGUAAAAAAAUUGCUAGAGAUCUAAAACUCUGAGGGCAUUCCAGGAGUGCUUAGGAGGCUGAGUACUGAUAUCUGCAAGGUUCUUUAAUCUCAGGCCCCUUUGAUUCCAACCCAAACCCUUGGGUUUAGACUCUCUUAUUUCUCAGAGAUUUGGGGCAGAGGCAGUUUAAGUCAGUGUGCAUGUUCAGAGUUGAAUUUUGCAAACUUUGCUUGGUUUUAUUCUUGCAAUAACUGUGCCAACAGACACUGGAAAAAUGUUGCCUUUCAUUUCGACUUUGGCAUGCUGUUGUUUGGCUCUUGCACACUAGUUAUCUGUUCACAUUUACCAUAAAUAAUGACUAGAAACCUAACCUGCAACUAGACAGUUUAAGUAACUUCUGGAACAGUUUGUUUCCUCCUUUCCUCCACCCCCUUAAGACUUUUUGUCUUGUGGGAUUUAUUUGCAAUCUGUUAGAUGAAGCUGUAAGGCAAGUUUGCCAGAUCUGGGGCUGCAUCAUCGUUCAGCACAUCUGGAAGUGGUUUAUGGGCUCUCAUUCCUUCAGUGCUGCGUCUGGACUCUGUGCUAUUCCUCAGCAGCAGUGAGAGAAAAGAAAACCAGGACAACUCCAAAGUAAACUUUGAAGAGUUUGAAAAAGGAAUUGGAUCUUAAAACUGUUUCUGUGCCCUGUAAAGCCCUUGCACAGGGGACUUUAAAGGAGGACGAUGGGCAAGGAAGCUUUGGCAAGAGAGCUGACUGCUGUGGGCUAUCUAGGAUCCAAGUAAAAAGCUCUACAGCUCUUCAGGAGAAAGGAGUCCCGAAUACUGUGCUGCUUUGAAGAGACCACAGUUCUUAUCCAACAGAACCCAUGGCUCUUCUAAAGAAAAUCAACCAGAUUUUACUGUUACUUCUUAUAUUAACUGUGUGCGCAAUUCUGUACAACAAAGUUCACAAAGCACCUCCUGCCUUAAAGAAUGAAGCAGAUGACUUGGAGAGUCCUAAGGAAAUGGAGGAAGAAAUCCCAGUUGUAAUCUGUGCUGCUGCAGGCAGAAUGGGUGCAACUGUAGCAGCAAUCAGCAGCAUCUACAGCAACACAGAGGCUGAUGUUUUGUUCUACAUAGUUGGACUGAAGAACACCAUUCCACAUAUUCGAAAAUGGAUUGAAAAUUCUAAACUGAAAGAAAUAAAAUUUAAGACUGUGGAAUUCAACCCCAUGGUACUGAAAGGAAAAAUCAGACAAGAUGCAUCACGUCCUGAGCUACUGCAGCCUCUGAACUUCGUUCGAUUUUAUCUUCCUUUGCUUAUCCAGAAACAUGAGAAAGUCAUAUAUUUGGAUGAUGAUGUCAUUGUUCAAGGUGACAUCCAGGAACUCUAUGACACAAAGUUGGCUCCUGGCCAUGCUGCGGCUUUUUCAGAUGACUGUGACCUCCCUUCCACACAUGAGAUGGUUAGAAGUGUAGGGAUGCAGAACACAUACAUGGGAUUCCUGGACUACAGAAAGCAAGCAAUAAGAGACCUCGGCAUCAGCCCCAGCACCUGCUCCUUUAAUCCUGGUGUAAUUGUUGCUAACAUGACUGAAUGGAAAAACCAGCGGCUCACAAAGCAGUUGGAAAAAUGGAUGCAAAGAAAUGUAGAGGAAAACUUGUAUAGCAGCACCCUUGGGGGAGGUGUGGCGACCUCUCCAAUGCUGAUUGUAUUUCAUGGAAAGCAUUCCACUAUUAAUCCCAUGUGGCACAUACGGCAUCUCGGUUGGAGUCCCGAUGUCCGGUAUUCAGAGUAUUUUCUUCAAGAAGCUAAAUUACUUCACUGGAAUGGGAGAUAUAAACCCUGGGACUACCCCAGCGUUCACACUGACCUCUGGGAAAACUGGUUUAUUCCUGACCCUUCAGGGAAGUUCAAAUUAACGCGUCCUGACAGCUGAUACUGAAAACACUUCAACGCAUUCAAAUGCUUUGGUUUGCAGUAUGUUAAUAGUUGGCAAUGAGAGACAUCAAACGGUGUAACUAACUGAUCUUAGAAAAUUGUUUCUUACAUUUCGCCAUCAAAUGACCAUCAGUUUCAUGGGCUCAUGGGUGGUGUUUUAGUUACAGAGUUCACCUUUUCUUCUUUUUUUUACUUUCAAAUAAGGCGAGGAAACAAGUUUACUUUGCAAUGAGAUAUUUUUAUUAAAUAUUUACUGAGGUGAAGUCA